UAUUGCGCUCUACAAAGGGAGAUGAUGGUAAUACUACGCAUAUGCGUGAUCUUUGGGUGAUACAAACUUCUGAACUUGUCGGCGCGUAUUUCGGCUGAACGAACGGUCCGCCGACGAUUGGCCGGGAGUUUUGCAACAGUAAAGGAUAGCGUAGAAAUCUGUCACUACUCUUUUUCUCCAUGGCGACUACAAAGGAAUUAGCACGGUUGCUACUUAAUGUAGUAGGCCUUUUAUCCAAUGCAUAUGGUUUUUCGUUUGUAGUGGGCGCUUUUCCGUCCGAUAUCGGAUUCGGCGGAAUAUUCCAGUUCCUCACUAUCAUUGGUUUAACGUCUGUAAAACUUAAAACGAAAAAAAUAAAUCAUUUUGUAGCUAUUUACAAGCAUAUCGCCUAUGUUGCCACGCCGAUGGAAGGAUUGAUAACAAUCUUGUACUGGCCAAUGGUGCUUUACAGUAAAGAGUUGCUGCAACAUCAAGAAGUACCAUUCUUUCUCCCGUUACCUCUGGAUAUGUCGCUCCAUCUAUGGCCUGCUGUCUUGUUAUGGAUCGACUUCUUGGCGUUUGAUGUCGAGUUCGUGCGUUCCAAGACGCAUAUUGUUGUGAUUUAUGCAUUCACAGUAUGGUACUUGGGCUGGUCGUCGUAUUGCUUUGCCCGAAAUGGAUUUUGGGUUUAUCCAUUCUUGUCAGAAUUCUCAACUAUCGGACGCGCUACGUUCUUUAUGUUUUGCGGUAAUGUGUGCGUGGCCAUGUAUGAAGCAGGUAAAGUAUUUAUAAGGAUGGUAGUAAGCGGGAAUAAACUAGCAGGGGAUUGCUAAUUGCCAAAAACCACGAUAAACCGUAUGUGUAGGUGCAUAUAUCCAUAAAAAGGUGAAUGAGUCUCGAGUCGAAGCAGCCGGGACGAGAAAGGCCAAGAAGGCACAAUAAGUCAUUUAAAUAAAGUCGACACUUUUGAUAUUGUAACUAAAACAAUGUGGAAGUGGAUAUACAACAAAACAAGCAAUCUAGCAUAAUGUCUUUUUCUUUUCUUUUCUUCUUGUGAUAGUAAUGAUCGUAAAUUAUGUAUAAAUGUAAUUUGGCUUUUUGUUAUCUACAUUUCCAUUGCAUUGGAUUCCUCUCCCUUUUUUUCG